AUGACACUCAACCCCACACGACCUCUUCCCCAGCCACUUAUACCUACACCUACAAACGUCCCACAGGCCCCGAGAGUCAUCGUCUCUCUCCACCAACCCUCCUGUGUCGGUCUCCCACCAAGCUGGAACGCCCUUCACGACCGCUUUAUCGCCUACCUCGCAACUCAUGCUCCACUAGAUAGAAACGGGCGUGCGCCCCGCUACGAGGAGCGUCGAGAGAGAUGGAAGACCAACGACAUUGUGAGGUUGAUUGGAGAGAGGUUUCCUAAGCUAAAUGGACAUAAAAUCAAAGCAACUGCCAUAGAGAUGCGUCUAGCGCUACUGGACCAGGCGGGAGAUAAUGAUUACUUCAAGAUGGGAUAUAAAAAGUAUGAGCGAGAGGAGUGGGGAAAGGGAAUCUGA